UAUUGUUAUGUGUAUUUGUAUGUAAUUGAUCGCGUGUUUAAUUCCAAGUUUAUCAAGGAAGAGAAAACAAUGCACAUAAUCAGUGAAGUGAACUCUACAACAAAAACAAUAACAAAUUCAAAUAAGAAACAUCAACGAAGUAGUGAAAAUAAUAAUAAUAACACAAAUUCAAUAAAUAAUAAUAAUAAUAAUAAUAAUAAUAAUAAUAAUAACAAUAAUAAUAAUAAUCAAAAUGGUACUAACAAUAAAAAAUCAGUGGAUACAAGUCCUUAUUUAACGCCGGAAAAUCUUAUCGAAAGAACUGUAGAUGUUUUAUUGGCCGAACAUCCGGGUGAAUUAGUCAAGACCGGUUCACCACAUAUAGUUUGCACAACAUUACCUACGCAUUGGCGUUCAAAUAAAACGCUACCGAUUGCAUUUAAAGUCUUGGCAUUGGGCGAAGUGAUGGAUGGCACCAUUGUGACAAUACGUGCCGGUAAUGAUGAAAACUUUUGUGGUGAGCUACGCAACUGUACGGCAGUGAUGAAAAAUCAAGUAGCUAAAUUUAAUGAUUUACGUUUCGUGGGUAGAAGUGGGAGAGGUAAAAGUUUCACUUUGAGCAUAAUCAUCUCAACGAAUCCCAUACAAGUUGCCACUUAUAAUAAAGCAAUUAAAGUUACCGUGGAUGGUCCGCGGGAGCCACGUUCAAAAGUACGUCAUCCUGGCUUUCAUCCGUUUGCCUUUGGCCCUCAACGUUUCGGCCCAGAUCCGCUUAUGGGUGGUUUACCAUUUAAAUUGCCCGGUUUUGCUCAUCAUUUGGUAGGCAUGCAUACACAUCUGCAAGCACCUGAUUGGCGUACUCUAAGUGGAGGUCAUGCUGCUGCAUUGGGGCGUCCCGCAUUUGCACACAAUGCUGCACCUUUCUUUCAUCAUCAACAUGCUGCUGCCUUUAGUGUACACAGUUUGGGAAGUUCGACCCUGGAUAGACCGAAUUUGACAAGAUUGAAUGAAUCGCAUCCUCAUCUCUCUCAGCUCAAUCAAUUGUCUUCCGUUGCUGCGCAUAGUACUACCAGUCCUGAAGGUUCUCCCACCACUAUUUCAGUAGGUCUCGGUCAAUCUGCGACAUUGACUACAUCCCCGCCUUUAACCACUACAAACAGUGAUAAUGAAAACAAUAAUAUCGAUGCAGGUUUCGAAAGUGACAGUAUUUCGGUAACGGGAUCGCCUCGAAAAUCAUCUUCUGUGAAUGAAGAUGAUGAUGGCCGUAGCAGUUCGCCACCUUCUUCAAAUACUGGCAAUGGCGGUGCCUUUACCUCUUUGAUUCAGCGAAAUAAUUCUUUAAGAAAGAACGAUUUCUUUAGUGGUUUCGCAACAAAUUUCCCACCAGCAACGCCUUCAUUUAAUCCCGCUUUAGCUGCUCAAUUAUUUUUACAGAAUCCCUUACUGCCUCAGCCAAGUCAAUGGUUGUAUACCCAACUUUAUAGUAAUUAUAAUGACUUUCCUUGGUUCCGUAAUAUAAAUCCUGUAAAUCCUGCACAAACUUCGGCACUCCUCGCACCAACAAGCUUAGAGAGCACGACUCCGUCGACAAGUUUGGCGGGAGUAAAUUCACCGCCUGUCGAUUCUCUACAUGGUGUGAAUUUAAUAAAACGCUGUGUUACCUUAAUAUCGCAUAAUACGAAUGAUUCUGAAAGUAAUUCAGUGCCUCCUGCUACCAUUUCGCCAGCACCGGUAACAUCAACGCGCCGCUCACCGUCGCCGGUGGAAACUAUAGACUUGGAUGACGUAAGUACUACGUCGAAGUCAGGCAGUAGUACGUAUGGCCCGAUACGUUGUCGCACUCCGAAAACCACAGAUGUAUGGAGACCUUACUAGCAGCUACGCAAAGCCAUUAGCCAGGCACUUGGUUUAAGUCUUAGCUCACAUCACACCGGGCCUAAUUAUUUAGGCCUUAGAACUGACGACUUAACGGAUCACAAUAGUGAUUAAAGCUUUUAAACCCGAUCGUGAAUUACUCCAUAUCGAAAAA